AUGUCCGGUACGAAAGGCGAGCUUGCAGAGUCGCUGGGCCGUGCUCUCGAGCAACCGUCUUUGCUGAAGGAACCUUUUCACGUGCUCGCGAUCGACGUGGGCCUGCGCAACUUCUCGUUCAGCCGGUUUAGGCUAGAGACGCUGGAAGAGCGCGGCAGGCCGUUGCUCGUCCAGUGGUACAAAAUGGACCUACACCAGUACACCGGCAUCGAAAACGAGGAGUUCACGCCCGUCAAUUACAGCCAGAUCAUGGGUCACGUGGUGCGCGAUCUCGUGUACGCCAGCGACGUGCCCGACGUGGUGGUGGUGGAGCGACAGCGGUUCCGCACAAUGGGAAACAAGAAUGUGUUUGAGCACAUUUUGAAGAGCAACAUUCUUGAAAGCAUUCUGGUAGCCACGAUACUGGCCAAGGGCAGCUGCCAUGUGGAGAGCCAGUCACCGCAGAAAAUGGCAUCGUACUGGACAGGCAGCAAAGAUUCGAAGACCGAGCGAAUGGUCAAAGUCGCGCGCUGGAUGGACGUGUUGCUGGCGGGACAGGGCUUGCACGAGGUCCCGUUCGCACUUGGAGAGUGCUACGCACUACAUUCGCCGCCAAAACUGCCGGCCGCGCGGUCUCCGUCGCGGCACCUCUACGAUCAGAUGCUGUAUCUCAACUCUAAAGGGCGACGACGUGGCCGACUCGCUGCUGCACGGUCUGUGCUACCUGGAUUUUGA